AGACGCGUCGCUGUCGCUUAUGUCAAAUUGGUCUACGUUCCUCUGCUUCCGUGUACAUGGAGUGUCGUUGUUAUUGUUGUGAAUUCGUUGACUUCGCUGCUUUGUAGCUCGCAAAUUUUUUUAGGAAAGAAUCAGCAGCCAUCGAAGCAGGAAGAGGUUAAAGCGAGUGCACUUAAUUUUGUAAAGUAAAAAAAUAGCAAAAUGUUGAAGCAAGUAACCAAACAAUUGGCUAUCCAAUCCGUGAGGAAUUUCGCUACCACAAAGCAGAACAACUUCAAGGUCACAGUAUGCGGUGCCUCUGGUGGUAUUGGACAGCCCCUUUCGCUGUUAUUGAAGAACAACCCAUUGGUUACGAACCUGUCACUGUAUGAUAUCGUGCACACACCCGGCGUUGCUGCCGAUUUGUCGCACAUUGACACCCAAAGUACCACUGAGGGACACGUGGGACCAGAGCAAUUGGGCAAAGCUCUAAAAAAUGCUGAUGUUGUUGUAAUUCCUGCUGGUGUACCACGUAAGCCUGGCAUGACCCGUGAUGACCUGUUCAACGUGAAUGCUGGUAUUAUUCGCGACAUUGCCAAUGAAAUUUCUAAGAGCUGCCCCAAGGCCCUGGUGGCCAUCAUCACCAACCCUGUUAACACCUGCGUUCCAAUUGCUGCUGAAAUUCUCAAGAAGGUAAACCAAAUGUUUUAUAGCUACAUAUAUACAUAGUAUUGUCUACUACUG